AUGGACAAGCACUCAUCUAUUCAAGAACAACUCAGAACUAUCUGGGCUGAGAAGCGGGUGGUUCUUAUUUGUUUAUUCGUCGCUCUGGCCCAGUUCCAGUACGGCUAUGAUUCUGCCGCUGUGUCAGGAUUCCAAUCCAUGCCCGGAUUCUUGACAGUUUUCGGAUACGUUGAUCCUCUGAAUCCGAUCGGCUACAAUAUCAGCACGAAAGUUCAGACUCUUAUACAAAGUCUGAUCCAGCUAGGCUCCCUAGCAUCUUGCAUCGUCAUCUUCAAGUUCGGAAGCGUUUUCAGCAGCCGAAUGGGUCUAUGGAUUGGUUCAAUUCUAUCCGUCGUUUCCAUUGCCGUUCAAAUUGGGAGCACCCAUGUGGGUGCUUUAUACGUUGGUCGCCUGCUGCUUGGAUUCUCCAACGGCUUCUUCACAACCUAUUCCGCGAUCUAUAUGGGGGAGUCAGCACCCGCUGCUAUUCGAGGCCCUGUGAUCGGAAUGAUAACCUUUCAAGUAUCACUCGGAGCCCUCAUUGGCAUCUUGGUCGACAAUUACACUCAGGUACACAUCGGCCGGAUUUCGUACCAAAUUCCACUCGCAGUCAUGUUUGCCAUUCCAGUCUUACUUUCGAUCGGCCUGGUAUUUUUACCGGAGACCCCUCGAUACUAUGUCUCAAGAGGACGGGAUGCCGAGGCUGCCCAUGCGAUACGAAAGCUUCGUGGAGCCCACAUCGAGGAUCAGAUUGAAGGAGAUGUCCAAGCCAUGAGGGAUGCCUGGAUUGCGGAAACGGAUAUGAACUCAUCGACCAAUUUACUUGAUGCCUUCCGCGGCCCUGACCUUCGACGAACAAUUCUCAGUAUCGCUGCUGCUGUUGGUCAGACAGCCACAGGUAUCAUAUUUAUUUCAGCCUUUUCGGUCUACUUUUUUGUUCAGGCGAAUAUUGGUAGCCCUUUCAAAUGGGUCAUGGUCUCUCUGGCUAUUGCUUUGAUAGGGAACAUGCUGUCUUUUCCAGCCAUGCGAUUCCUUCAUCGCCGAACGCUACUUCUCACGGCAACUUUGCUGUGCUCUGGCCUCAUGAUGGGCAUGGCAAUUGUCUAUACAGUAUCCCCACCAGGGUCAGCAUCUGCUGGUAAAGCAUUGGUUGGGCUCAGCAUCAGCUUCACCUUCAUAUACGGCGUUGGGCAGGGCCCAGUGUUGUGGGCAAUUCAAACAGAAGUUCCAUCACAGAAGCUUCGAUCACAGACCGUUGGGUUUGCACAGGGAGUCAACUUCGUCUUUGCGUGGCUGUCCUCAUACUGCACCCCAUAUUUUAUCAACCCGCAGUCGUUGAACUGGGGCCCCAAAUACUGCUAUAUUUGGGGUGGCAGCAAUUUGAUCUUAGCGGCUUUCGUCUACUUCUUUGUUCCCGAGACUGGAGGAAGAACGCUUGAACAACUUGAUGAACUAUUUGAGAAGAGAGUUUCUACCAGACGGUUUGCAACAUAUGUCACUGAGCUUUGCCCCCCAGACGGAAUCAAUUCUCAUGGAUUCGAAUCGGAGAAGCAUGAUGCUGAAGCUCUUCAGACAGAGCAUCUAGAGGGACCUACUCGUCCUUAGGAAUUCUUGGCGCAUUUUAAGUAAUUACUUAUUCUCCUCAAAUUUAUAUAACUUGGGAUGUGUUUUACCCAUUGUCAAUCCCUUGGUUGGCAUUACUGUCUUAGGGAUGCUCUUCCUAUAGUGGUUGACUGGCCCGAAAUGUUCCAAUUCGCCUCAUCCCGACGCAACUCCACUUGAUGGGAAAAAAUCUUACAAGCUAAUUUAUCAUCUUUAGAACCAUGUGUCGAUUUCCUAUUGCGGUCUUUGCUGGAAGCCCUCACUAGCUUCUGUUUAGACGCCCU